AUGGCAUUUGAAAAAUUUAAAUCUAGAACAUUACAGUCAAAAUGGACAAAAUUAUUUGUUCUUACUUCAGCUUUGCAACUUAUUAUUAUUAUAGCAUUGGAGGGGCGUGUGCUUCAGCGAAAUAAUGCUUUUCGAUACAAAAUACUGAGUCAAAAUAAUACAAUCACCAACGAAACAAAUUGUAAUCUCGAUCCUUCAUAUGACAGAAUGUUUAAUAUUGAGUCGGAAAAUGUAGUUUUUAUAGUUUUUCAACUCUUUCAGCUAUUUCUAUGCAUGAACGCG